CUCGUAUUCUUAUUCGCACUCUGAUUCCCCAGCUCACUCUAGCCCAAUGUCCGGCCCCGACACCCCAGCCUCCCUGCUGGGCGACGGCUGGACUUAUCUCUCCUCUUUCGACGACCUCGACGACGAUGAGUACGAGCAUGAAGAGGAAGUAUACGUGACUCUGGAUCUUGGGACCACAUUUGAUAGUAAAUCACUCCAGGCCGAGUCGCAGUACCAGCUCAUCGGACUCGAUACCCCGACACCGUUUCUCAAGCUUGGGAACCAAGUAUUCAAGGGGGAUAUCACCCCGCUAAUAGGUGAUGAGAUUAUAUGUGGUCUUAUCCGAAAUCACGAAGACCCACAUAACCCUACGCACCCACCUCUCUUCUCCACAAGUCAACGCAUCACGUUUCAGCCUGGUACACUUCGUCCCAAGGAUCAAUCUAUCCCUGCAUCUGUGCCUGCGUCUGGUCAUGUCUUGAAUAUAUCGGAGCAAGCUCAAGGACAAGGGAUCCAGGAAGGGACAGAAACGUCUGGAUUGUCUGGGACUGGGACUGGGACUGGAUCAGGAGCAGGAGCAGGAGCUGGGGGACCAUCCACUUCUUUUACCGGUGCCAUCCCUCGACCGCGAGCUGGUGGAAAGAGGGGCAACAAGACGAGGAGGGUGAUUGAACAUCCCGACGAGCUGAAUACGUUUGACCUUGAUGCGAUGGGUCCUCAUCAGAGCGUCGAACUCGGCCCGCGGGUGAUGGAAUCUCUAGGACUCGGUCUUUCUUCCGACGGUCAAGGUGUGCUACUGACCAAAAAAGAGAUGGAGAAUGUGUUACUGGGCGUACCCGUAACCGGGAAAAAGGGAAGACCGAAGAAGCCUCAUUACCUCGGCGAAGAUUAAGAUGAGCGAUUUGCGAUUCCAUUCAAUCUUUAGACUUUUCUGGGGAGGGGCAAACUCAAUGCCAUGUUUUGCGGCGAAUGAUGG